UUAACUCCAGCGGCCGUGCUCCCCCCACACUUUGGCCGGUUCAUAUAUACGCGGCUGCUGCUGCCGUGAUCAGAGCUUUUGCACAUGCGCAGAAGCUCAUGCAAGCAGGAAGCCAUGGCAAUGAAGCGUGCUGCCGGAGCUGCGGAAUUAAAGCCGGAACAGUAGCAAUGAAGAGUGCUGCCGUCAACGUAAUGACCAGGGGCAGCCAGGGCACUGACUGAGUGGCCAGGCGUCCAGAGCCGUCCAAGCCAUUUAAUUGCACGGGGUCAUCGUGGAGCCAUACAGCCAUUAGGGACAAGGAACCAAUAGCCUGCAGGAAAUGAAAGUGCAACCUUAUCUUCGGACAGAAGCAUGCGUAUAGGUGGCUGCACCUUUGAAGAACAUUAUAACAGCUGCGGGUACAGUGUGGCUCUGGGUACAACUGGAUUUACAUGGGAACAGGUGAACACAUGGGAGAGGCCCCCACUUGAUACUACUGUACCAACAGGGUCAUUCAUGCUGGUCAACAGCUCAGGGUUUGCCACCGGACAGAAGGCUCAUCUACUACUCCCUGUGCUUAAGGAGAAUGACACUCACUGUAUCGACUUCCAUUACCACUUGUCUGGCCGCACCAGUCCUGGGACCCUGAAUGUCUAUGUGAAGGUGAAUGGUGGACCGCAAGGGAACCCAGUGUGGAAUGUAUCAGGGGUGGUGACAGAAGGCUGGGCUCGAGCUGAACUGGCAAUCAGCACCUUCUGGCCCAACUUUUACCAGAUUAUAUUUGAAGCCGUCUCUGUUAAGGAUCACUCUGGAUACAUUGCUGUGGAUGAAGUUCGUGUUCUGGCUCACCCAUGCAGGAACGCUCCCCAUUUUCUGCGGUUGCAGAAUGUGGAGGUAAAUGUCGGACAGAAUGCCACCUUCCAGUGCAUUGCAGGAGGGAAGUGGUCUCAACAUGACAAGCUUUGGCUACAGCAAUGGAAUGGACGCGACACGGGUCUCAUGGUAACUCGUGUAGUAAAUCACAGACGCUUCUCUGCCACAGUUAGCGUUGGAGACACUUCUCAGCGAAGCAUUAGCAAGUAUCGCUGUGUCCUGCGAUCUUCUGGUGGAUCAGGUGUUUCCAAUUAUGCAGAACUCAUUGUUAAAGAACCACCAAAGCCUAUUGCUCCCCCUGAACUUCUGGCAGUGGGAGCCACAUAUUUGUGGAUCAAACCAAAUGCCAACUCAAUCAUUGGUGAUGGCCCCAUUGUCCUAAAGGAGGUGGAAUACCGGACCACAUCAGGCAGCUGGGCCGAGACCCACGUGAUGGACGGACCCACAUACAAGCUAUGGCACUUAGAUCCUGAUGUGGAAUAUGAAAUACGUGUCCUAUUAACUCGUCCGGGAGAAGGUGGUACAGGACCACCGGGACCACCACUUACAACUAGAACAAAAUGUGCAGAUCCUGUGCAUGGGCCACAGAACGUGGAGCUGGUUGAUAUCCGCGCUCGACAGCUGACACUGCAGUGGGAACCAUUUGGCUACACUGUUACUCGAUGUCACAGCUAUAACUUAACACUGCACUACAGCUACCAAUUGGGAGAGGAGCGAGUGGAAACUGAAGAGUUGAUUCUGACCUCUAGCCACUACACCUUGCGCGGCCUGCGACCACAUACUGCUGUCUACUUGCGGCUUGCACUGUGCAACCCUGAGGGAAGAAUGGAGAGUGGAGAGAUUGUAGUGCAUACUGAGGAGGAUGUGCCUGGACCAAUACCUUUGGAGUCCAUUCAGGGGGGACCCUUUGAGGAGAAGAUUUACCUGCAGUGGAAAGCUCCCAAUGAGACAAAUGGGGUUAUCUCCAUGUAUGAGAUCUCUUACAAGGCAGUGGGCUCUUUAGAUCCCAGUGCAGAUCUGUUGAACCAGAAGGGACGGAUCUUCAAGCUACGCAAUGAGACCCACCAUCUGUUUGUUGGACUGUAUCCUGGAUCCACGUACUCAUUUACUAUCCGAGCCAGCACCAGCAAAGGCUUUGGACCACCUAUCACAACCCGCAUUGCCACAAAAAUAGCAGCUCCUUCCCUGACUGACUCAGAAGCCGAGGUCCCUUUGAAUGAAACUGAAACUACAAUCACGGUUUGGUUGAAACCAGCGCAGUCUCGGGGGGCUCCCAUCAGUGUAUACCAGAUCGUAGUAAAGGAGGAGCGGACACAGAGGUCAGGAAGGGCUGCAGAUGGCAGUGGAUGUUUUCCAGUACCAGUGAGUUACCGUAAUGCCUCACUUAUGGAGUCUCCUCAUUACUUUGCUGCGGAACUGAAACCAGCACAAUUGGUGGCAUCACAGCCCUUCACUGUGGGAGACAACAGAACCUACAAUGGCUACUGGAACCCACCUCUUUCACCUGUAAAGAGUUACAGCAUUUAUUUCCAGGCCUUAAGUACAGCCAAUGGGGAGACCAAAAUCAGCUGUGUCCGACUAGCAUCUAAAGUGGUUACCGCCGGUCUUCUUCCCAUCACCCGCCACCCCCCAAGCCAGCCAAUAACAGGGGCCACCACGCAGAAUACCAACACGGUGGAGCCGGAGAAGCCUACUGACAGUACGGUGCAGACUGCCGGAGUGAUUGCAGGAAUGCUGAUGUUUAUUAUUAUUCUCCUUGGGGCCAUGAUGACCAUCAAGAGAAGAAGAAAUGUGUACUCCUAUUCAUACUAUCUGAAACUGGCCAAGAAGCAGAAAGAAACCCAAAGUGGUUCUCAGAGGGAAAUGGGUCUGGUAGCUUCAGAUAAAAGCUCCAGUAAAUUGAGCUCCACCCGCAACGAAGACACAUUUUCCAGUUGCCAGGACGUCAAUGGAUUUAGUACAUCCUCUCCCUGCUCCUUCUCUGUACAAAGCAAAAACCUGCAGGGAAAAUCUUUGCUCAAUUCCUGCUACUCAGUUUCCUCAGACACCGUCCCCUCCACAACGCUUCUAGACAGCAGUCAUGUGGAACUGAACCAGCCCACGUUGACCAUACAGACCCACCCUUACCGGACAUGUGAGCCAUUGGAGAUGGCAUAUCCCCGUGGACAACUCCAGCCAGCAAUCCGUGUUGCAGACCUUUUGCAGCACAUCACCCAGAUGAAGAGAGGACAGGGGUACGGAUUUAAAGAAGAGUAUGAGGCGCUGCCUGAGGGUCAGACAGCAUCCUGGGAUACAGCAAAGGAGGAUGAGAACCGUAACAAGAACAGAUAUGGCAACAUUAUUUCAUAUGACCAUUCCCGGGUGCGGCUACAGCUGAUAGAUGGGGACCCACAUUCAGAUUACAUUAAUGCCAACUAUGUAGAUGGCUAUCACCGACCUCGCCACUACAUUGCCACACAAGGACCUAUGCAGGAGACAGUGAAGGAUUUCUGGCGGAUGAUCUGGCAGGAAAAUUCAAUCAGUGUGGUUAUGGUGACAAAUCUGGUGGAGGUUGGAAGGGUCAAGUGUGUAAGAUACUGGCCUGAUGAUACUGAAGUGUAUGGCGACAUCAAGGUGUCCCUCAUAGAAACUGAGCCACUGGCAGAAUAUGUCAUAAGGACAUUCACAGUGCAGAAGAAAGGAUCCCAUGACAUUCGCGAGAUUCGCCAGUUUCACUUUACUAGCUGGCCAGAUCAUGGUGUGCCAUGCUAUGCCACUGGUCUUUUGGGUUUUGUCAGACAGGUGAAAUUCCUCAACCCACCAGAUGCCGGCCCUAUCACUGUGCACUGCAGUGCUGGAGCUGGGAGAACUGGCUGCUUUAUAGCCAUAGAUAUAAUGCUGGACAUGGCAGAGAAUGAGGGCGUAGUGGAUAUAUUCAACUGUGUGCGGGAACUCCGAGCUCAGAGAGUCAACAUGGUGCAGACUGAGGAACAGUAUGUUUUUGUGCAUGAUGCUAUCCUGGAGGCCUGUUUAUGUGGCAACACUGCCAUCCCUGUAUGUGAAUUCCGUUCUGUCUAUUACAACAUCAGUCGCAUGGACCCACAGACCAACUGCAGCCAAAUCAAAGAUGAGUUCCAGACCCUGAACAUUGUGACACCUCGAGUGAGGCCUGAAGAUUGCAGCAUAGGACUUUUACCCAGGAACCACGAUAAGAACCGAGCUCUGGAUGUCCUACCACUGGACCGGUGCCUUCCCUUCCUCAUCUCACUGGAUGGAGAAACCAGCAACUACAUCAAUGCUACACUCAUGGAUAGCCAUAAAAAGCCAGCAGCAUUUUUGGUCACACAGCAUCCUUUACCCAACACUGUGCCAGAUUUCUGGAGAUUGGUCUUUGACUACAACUGCUCUUCAAUCGUAAUGCUUAAUGAAAUGGACGCUGCACAGCUGUGCCUCCAGUACUGGCCGGAGAAGACGUCCUGUUGCUAUGGACCGGUGCAGGUGGAGUUUGUAUCAGCAGAUAUUGAUGAGGACACCAUUAGCCGGAUAUUCCGUAUCUGCAAUAUGGCACGGCCUCAAGAUGGGUAUCGCAUUGUACAACACCUCCAGUACAUCGGAUGGCCAGCAUACAGGGAUACUCCACCUUCAAAGCGCUCCAUACUAAAGGUUGUGCAGAGGUUAGAGAAGUGGCAAGAGCAGUAUGACGGGAGGGAAGGCAGGACUGUUGUGCACUGUCUGAAUGGAGGGGGUCGCAGUGGGACAUUCUGUGCUAUCUGCAGCGUGUGUGAGAUGAUCCAGCAGCAGAACAUCAUUGACGUGUUUCACACCGUGAAAACCCUACGGAAUAAUAAAUCCAACAUGGUGGAGGCGCUGGAACAAUAUAAAUACGUAUAUGAAGUUGCCUUGGAAUAUCUGAGUUCCUUCUGAACCUGUCAUCCUUGCGGAUUGGUAGGUCUGUGAAGAUAACCUUUUCCUAUGCAGCCCCUCUGUGGCCUAGAAGCCUUCUGUGUGGGGUGGGAGGCUGGACAGAGGCUGCUGCCAAGACCUAACACUUUGGUUUCCAUGUCGCCAAGUUGACAUGCACGUUGCGCUGGAGAAUAAGAAGCAGCAGACAACCAUAAGAGCACAUCAAAGAACAAUGCCUUUUCCUGACUUAUUUACAACUAACCCACUCUUUACAGUUUUCCUGGGGUCUCUUUUCAUCCCUGUCUGCUUCCCCUUUCUCUUCUACCACAAAUACAGAGAACAUGCAUCAAUUUGUGCUCUGACUCUGACCACAGAAAAAACAGGAAGUGUUUCCGAAUGCUUAAAGAGAUCUAGAGGAACCCAUACACACAGAUGUAGAACUCCAGCCAUUUUUUAAGAACAUUUGUGUCUUAUCAUGAAAGUAACCUCAUUAACCACCUCACUCCUGGAGGCACUGGCAGGGAUUACGGAUCUCUGUAUACACUUAUUCCUAUCCAAGUGCGCUCCCUUCGUCCAGAAGUGUUCUGUUACUGUUUGCAGCAGGUCCCAAGGUACAGGUGACGUGGUCUUGUCCUCUUUAUAAUGAAUUUGUCUUUAUUUAUUGCUGUAAAUGUUCUGGAAAGGGGUCAAUUUGUAUUCUGGGAAAAUGUCUUGCAAUGGAGCGUCCAAUAAAAUUGUGAUGUAUUUUU